AAUUCAUUUCUGACUUUGACAGUUCAAUAUUCACAGGAUUUUUCGUUCAUUCUUUCGAUUCUUUCCCCUUAAAAUUCUUAAAAUAUUAAUAAAUCUUGUUAAAAAAACAACUGAAAUCUUCAUAUUUUAAGCUCUUCGGAAUUAUGACUGAUGCCAAUAGUUUAAAGGAGUCAAUUAAACAAUAUGAAGCUCAGUUAUUACAAGUGCAAAUUGCACUAUCGGCAAAUCCAAAGGGUCCUGAUAAGGACAAUUUACUAAGUCUUCAGUCUGAUAUUCAGGAACUUAUUAAUUUAACAAAAGAAAAUUUAGAAAGUUUGGCGAAAGAAGAAAAUGAUGAUUCAACGAACGAGGAAAAUGAUCCCUUAGAUCGAGAGUAUGCCUUAUUUAAGGCAGAGGUAGAGGGUUUCUCGGGCAAAUCAAAAAAUGAUGAUGAAAACGAGGUGAAAACAGACGGAGCAAAUGAUAUAGAAGAAGAGUUGGAGGCUCUUGAGGGAAUGAAAUGUCGUGCUCCUUAUGGAAGCAGUUGGGGUGGUAUUGGAUAUCAUAAUGCAAUGGUUUGGUCAGUUCAUAGAGAGGAAAACGAGAGUAUUACCAGUUUAAACGACAUCAAGGUGAGAGUCGUUUUUAUGAAUCCAACACACAAGGAAAUGCUCCCAUGUCCCUAUUUUCUCGAAGGCGAUUGUAAAUUCUCGGAGGAACAGUGUCAUUUUUCCCACGGAGAAAUUAUACCAUUGUCUUCUUUACAAGAGUACAGGGAACCAGAUUUUUCGAAUAUAAAAAUGGGCAGUCGAGUUUUUGCAAAACAAAAAAAUCAAUUGUGGCACAGGUGUGUCGUACUCAACGUUCCAAAUAAAUCACAAGAUCUCUAUCGAGUGAAAUUCGAAGCUAGUGGAAAGAUAUUCGAAGUUUUAAUUCAAGAUUUGCUUCCUCUUGAUGAUUCCGAUCUUCAAAUGUCGGACACUUCGUCAAGCGACGAUGACGACGAUAACGAUACACCGAAUAUGGAAUAUGAUCGAGAAAAAAUAAUUCAUUCAGCACUUUUGUCGGUCGAUUCGAAUCAACCAUUGGGAAAUUGGGAACAACACACGAGGGGCAUUGGAAGUCGAAUAAUGUCACAAAUGGGCUACAUAACUGGCACGGGUCUUGGAAAAAAAGCCGACGGAAGAGUUCAACCGGUAGAAGCUACCGUACUACCAGCCGGAAAAUCUUUAGAUCACUGUAUGCAUCUUCGGGAAAUGGCGAAUGGGGACAAAAAUCUUUUUUCUGCCGAGCGUAGAAUGCAGAAACAAAAAUUAAAAUUGGAACGUCAGAGUCGGAUACAGUACGAAAAGGAGCAGCGGAUCGAGAAGAGUGACAUUUUCAAUUUUAUUAACGAUACUCUGAGUUCUAGUGCUAAAAUGGAAAAUGGACCAAGUUGUUCGAAGCAAAGUACCAAGAUUCGAGAGGAUCUUUCAAAAAUAAAAACUAUAUCCGAUAAAACGCUAAAUAUAACAAGUUUUCAAAUUGCAGAAAAUAUUUCCAAAUUGGAAAAAGAAUCGAAUAAACUGAAAGAUUCUUUGACCAAGCAUAGUAAAAAUAGUCCGGCAUACAAUAAUAUUGUUCAACGAUUUAAUAGUAUGCAAAAUGAAAUUAAUAAUUUACGAACAUCCGAAAAGAAUGUUGUUUCCGAGCAAAGAAAUCGAAAAAAUCGGGAAAAAUUAACAAUAUUUUAAUAUAAAAUUUGUUGAUUAUAAUUCUUAGACCAUUUUUUUUAAGUAUUAUUUUUACUUUCUUUUCUUAAAAUGUAAAUAGUGAAUAAAUAUUUUACGCAGAA